AGAUAGUAAGACUCACCACCGAGGUUAAUGUAUGCUCCUUCUCUUUAUCAACUUCAGUUACAUCCAAACGAUUAUUAUACGUACAUCUCGGAGAGAAGUUUAUGCUACUAAGUCAACAUGCGCUCCACUCUUUCCCUUCUCGCCUUCACCAGCAGCGCGGUCGCCCAGCUGAACAUGUGCGGGCAAUAUCAAUCUUACACCAAGGAAAUGUACACAGUGCAGAACAACCUCUGGGGCGAGGGCGCUGCAACGUCCGGCUCGCAAUGUAGCGCACUCAACAGCGCCUCUACUUCGGGUGUAUCUUGGUCGACGACCUGGCAAUGGGCUGGCGGCGAGAACAACGUCAAGUCAUACUCUUAUUCCGGCUUAUCCUUCACAAAACGACUUGUGUCUUCGAUCUCUUCCAUUCCGACGUCAGCGCGGUGGACCUAUUCCACAUUAGACAACGUGCGAGCAGAUGUUGCGUAUGAUCUGUUUACGGCGAAUGAUAUAAACCACAGCACUUCCAGUGGAGAUUACGAGCUGAUGGUGUGGCUCGCGCGCUUUGGCAGUGUCCAGCCGAUUGGCAGCAAGAAGACCACUGUUACCAUUGGAGGGUAUACUUGGGAUUUGUGGAGCGGAUACAAUGGAAACUGUCUCGUCUUUAGCUUUGUCGCUGACACCAAUAUUUCAAACUACUCUGGAGACAUCAAGAAUUUCUUCGACUACAUCACCGCCAAUGAGGGGUUCCCGGCGAGCACGCAGAAUUUGUUGACGAUCCAAUUCGGCACAGAGCCUUUCACCGGCCCGCAUACGACGUUCGAUGUCCCGAACUGGUUUGCCAGCGUGAACUGAUUGAAGCGGUGGCGUUUCUGAAUGGAGGUAAAAGUCGAUCGGGUCAGGUCGAGUGUGCGUGACCAAGCAGAAAUCACAAAAAUCAACCUUCUAGCCCAUUCCAACCUCUCCAUUCCCAGGCUGUGCCGGGCCCAUCUUUCGUUCUGGACUCGACUUCAUAUACAGAUGAGUGAAAUAGCGCAUGGUGCUUAAUGCUCCGUCGUUCCACUUAUAUAGGCUCAUGAAUUCAAAUGGUUCUUCCAGACUUCCUACGCCGCUAUGGCAUUGGCCGAGGACCUCCGCGAAAAUGAUAAAUCAG